AUGGUUUCUCCCACAGUUUCAGCUUCCAAGCGAGAAAAGGAUCCCAAGAAGAGGAUUGUCAUAACAGGAAUGGGCCUUGUUUCCGUUUUCGGCAGUGACAUUGACACGUUUUAUAACAAACUUCCUGAAGGCGUGAGUGGAAUCUCACCAAUAGACCGAUUCGAUGCUUCAGAAUUUUCUGUAAGGUUUGCAGGUCAAAUUCGAAAUUUCUCUUCCAAGGGCUACAUUGAUGGGAAAAAUGAUCGUCGGCUAGACGACUGCUGGAAAUACUGUUUGGUUGCUGGGAAGAUGGCCUUAGAAGAUGCCAGCCCCAGACAAGAAGUUCUUGAAUCUACAAGUCAGCGAAGUAGGAUAUUCAAUGAUACAUCAAUGCCUCGCUUCCAAUCAUAG